UAGCCAGUAUCGCAUCCAGCAAUACCACAGCACACAUCAAAAGAUUAAUCCAAGUUCAAACCAUGGCUUCAAGAACUUCCAGCCUCAAAUACUUCUCGCUACUAAUUUUUGCACUCGCCAUUGUUCAAAUGACAUUGGCAGGAGAUCCAGACAUUCUUAGUGACUUUAUUGCGCCUCCAAAUGGAACAGUAGAUGGAAACUUCUUCACAUACACCGGCAUGCGUAUUCUUGUUGGAGGAGACGUGCCCAAAACCUUCACAGUACUGAAGGCAACCUUGGCUGAGUUCCCUGCUCUUAAUGGGCAGAGUGUUUCAUAUGCCGUCCUUGAAUUCCCAGCUGGCACUACUAACCCACCACACACUCACCCUCGCUCUGCUGAGCUCCUCUUCCUUGUUGACGGAAGCCUUGAAGUUGGCUUUGUCGACACAAAGAACAACCUCUUUACUCAGACUCUUCAGGCAGGUGACCUGUUUGUUUUUCCCAAGGGACUUGUGCACUUCCAGUAUAAUGCUGACUCAGAAAACCCUGCUAUAGCAAUUUCUGCCUUUGGAAGUGCAAAUGCAGGAACUGUGUCAAUUCCUACCACUUUGUUUGCCACCAACAUCGAUGACAAUGUCUUGGCUUUAUCCUUCAAGACUGAUGUAGCCACUAUUCAAAAGCUCAAGGCCGGUCUUGCUCCGAAGCCAUGAGGACAGAAAUGGUUCAACAACAAGCUUGAUAUCAUGGUUCUUCAGUUCUAAAUUUGUUUUUAUUUGUUGAAUUCUUUGAAUUGCUCUACAUAAUCACCCUUGGCGUGUGCGUUUAGAUGAAAUAAUUACUAGUUCUGUAAAAUUUUUGAAAUAAUGGAAUCUCCAACUCCAUCAAUUAGAAUUCCUCAUUUCUAUUUAAAUUCCAUCAUUUUCUUCAUCCAACACAUCAUUUAUGUGGAGGAAGGGUAUAUAUGUCAAUAAGUUGAUCAUAAAUUUACUAUUACAAUAAUAUUGAUUAUCACAGGUCAUUUCUUGCCAA